AUGAGAUCUCUAUCAAUACAAUCUUGUUCUCAAUUACCAAACGCAAGACGACCUCAAUUUAUAAAAUCAAAUAAUUUAUAUAAUUUAAUUUGGAAUUCACCGUUAAAAAAUGUUUUCAUUGUUAAAAAACCAAAAGAUUUAAAUGUUAAAAAUGCAAUGAUUGAAUUUAUAAAUUACCUUGGUCAAGAUUACCCUAGUGUUAAUAUUAUAAUAAAUGAAGAUGUAGUAGAGGAACUUGGAGAACUUAAUUAUACGGUUUACACUGGAUCAUCUCAAGAUAUUGUUGAUAAAACAGAUAUGUUAAUUACUUUAGGUGGUGAUGGUACAAUUUUACAUGGAGUUAGUUUAUUUUCAAAUAGUUCAGUACCACCAGUAUUAUCAUUUGCAAUGGGUACAUUAGGAUUUUUAUUACCAUUUGAUUUUAAAAAUUUUAAACAAUGUUUUUCAAUGGUUUAUGAAAAUAGAUCAAAAGCUUUGCAUAGAAAUAGACUAGAAUGUCAUGUUUAUCGAGAGAAAAAGACGGAAAAUCGAGAAAUGAUUCAUGCGAUGAAUGAAAUUACAAUACAUAGAGGUAGUUUACCAAAUUUAACUGCAUUAGAUAUUUAUAUUGAUAAUGAAUUUUUCACAACUACCAAUUCUGAUGGUAUAAUUUUUUCUACACCAACAGGUUCAACAGCUUAUUCAUUAUCAUCAGGUGGAUCAAUAACUCAUCCAAAUGUACCAUGUAUAUUAUUAACCCCAAUAUGUCCAAGAUCAUUAUCAUUUAGACCAUUAAUUUUACCAAGUGCAUCAGAUAUAAUGAUUAAAUUAUCAGACAAUAAUCGAAAUAAAAAUAUUGAAUUAAUAAUUGAUGGGAUAUCACAAAAUGAUUUACAACCGGGAGAUGAAUUGCAUAUAACAUCUGAGAGUAUUGGUAAUGAUGAUUUAAAUGGGAUUUGGUGUGUAGCAACAGAUCGAAACCAGUGGGCAAAGGAUAUAAAUAGUUUAUUAGGGUUUAAUAAUCUGUUUAAAAACAAAGGGAAGAUAUAA